GACUUACUUAUUGUAAUUACUCUCAUAGUAAAAUAUACUGCGCUAAUUAGCGUGCACAAUUGCCAAAAAUGGCGCAGGCGCCAGCUCCGCCCUCGGCGCAGCCUCCGCCUGCGGCUUCGCUGUCGUUGCUAGCGGCAUCACAGCCUGACAUGGUUCGAGCAAGUCAAAAGGACGACACAUAUGCUGAGCAGUUUCUGGAGGCGACCAGGGAGGUGGCUCGGCGGCUGUUGGGGCCGUUCCGCGCGCUGCAAUACGCCAGGGAGGUGAAGCUUCUGUCCUCGGCGCUGUACCACGGCCUUACCACGGGCCUAGGGCGGGCCACGCUGGGGGAGGAGUACUGCGGCAUUGACCAGGUGGCAGCAGUGGAUGCGCGUGCGCCCAGCCUGCCUCGGCGUCUGCUGCUGGCGGCGUUGCUCAGUGCAGGGCCCUACGCCGCAGACCGACUGGCAGGUAGGCUGGACAGCGCCGCCGAGGACGCGGCCAUGGCGGAGGAGAUGGAGGCGGCGGCGGCGGGGGCGGCAGAAGCUGAGGCUGGAAAGGCUGAGGCGCUGGCAGCGGCUGGCGCCUCGGGCAGGGAAGUGGGCGUCACAGGCCAAGAGUCGUGGUCUCCGGGGCCGGCAGCGGGGGUCCGCGCGGAGGAGGAGGCGGCAGGAGCUGCAGGGGAGUGGGGCCCAGCAGCGGACGAGGCGGACGGUGCCGGCCCGGGCCCGGGGUCGUCAGCGGCGGAGCAGCAGCGGCGGCUGGCGGCGGGGUCAGGGCCUGGCUGGCGCCGUGCAGGGGAGGGCGGGAGAGGCGGCUCGUGGCUGCGGGUGCUGCUGGCGGCGGCGGCGGCGCGGCGGGCGCGGUGGUGGCGGGCGCUGGUGCUGGCGUGGCCGCGAGCCAGGCCGCUGCUGGUGUACCUGGGGCGGCUGCACCUGGCGCUGUUCUACGGCGCGGGCGCCUACUACGGCCUGGCGCACAGGCUGGCGGGAGUGAGGUACAGCGCCAACAUGCGGCCGCUGGCGGGCCGCUCCUCCUACCGGGUGCUGGGGCUGCUGCUGGGGCUGCAGCUGGGCGUGACGGCGGCGGUGCAGGCACGGGCGGCCGUGAAGCGGGCCGUGGUGGCGGCAGCAGCAAGGCGGCGGCAGCAACAGGGCCUGCCCGGCGAGGCCGGCAGCGGCACCGGCGGUGGCGCGGGCGUACGGCAACGCUAUGCGGACGAGGACGAGCCUGCCGUAUUCCUGGACGGUUACGACGAUGACGGAGAGGAGGACGAGCUGAACAUGACGUCAGCAGCCGUACGGGACGGCUUGGAAACUGGCGGCGCGUCGGCGGGGGUUGGCGGGCAAGUGAGCCGCUCGGAAGUGGCAACGGCGGCGGCGACGCGAGGGCUGACGGAGGCUCACGGCAGCAGCGGCGGGCGCUCAACUGGGAGCGGCGGCGGCGGUGGCGGCGCCGCUGGGGAGGGCUGGGAGCGGGUGGAUGCGAGUGAGGCGCUGCCGCCACAGGAGCAGGAGCAGGGGGCAACUGGAGCUCCCGGCGCAACGGGCAAUGUUGAUGGUGCAGUCGGCGGCGGCGGCGGCGGCGGUUGGGAGGCUGACCUGUUUGGUCUGAAGCGGCCUGGGGCCGAUGCCGGGGCUGCCGCUGCUGCUCCGUCGCUGCCGACGCAAACCCGCGGGAGAGGUGCGCAACCCAACCAGGCGGCGUCAGGAGCAGCAGCCGUGCACGCGCAGCCAGCAACGGGAGCAGCAACGGAAGGGAAAGCAGCGGCAGGGGCGGCGGGUGCGGUGGUGAUUCCGGUUCUGACAUCUCUGCGGCAGUGCCCGCUGUGCCUGUCGCCCAAGAGCCACCCGGCCAGCACGCCGUGUGGACACACCUUCUGCUGGAGCUGCAUCGCGACCUGGUGUGGCGAGAAGCCGGAGUGCCCGCUGUGCCGCGCGCCCGUGGCGCUGCAGCAGCUGGUGGCGCUGUACCACACAAACUGCUGAGACACGUGACUUUUCAGGCGUGACAACUGGGGAUUCUAGCGCAACCGCGCGUGUAUGUGCUAGGAAAGCGCAAAGGGCAAAGGAGUUGUACGAUGUAUGGCAUGUGCGUGCCGCUGGUGUGCAAUGGGGAUGGUGCGGCAUGGUUGUGCAAGUGUUGUGCGAAUGGGACGAGAUGGGAUGCGCAGGCAGGGUGCCUGCUGCGGCGUAAGACACAGGUUGGCUUGGCAUGAUGAGGUGCGUACGGCGGCUUGGGCUUCUAUUUGGCUUGGUGGAGACGUUUGUUUGCCGGUGGCGGUGCGGGUGUGGUGCAGUGCGGACAGCGGAGGGCGGAGGAGUGGCGCAGCGGUGUGCGUGUGGUGGGUUGUCAAGAGGCGGUUGCGGUGGAGAAGGGCCUGCUCCAGUCCUCCAUGUUCAUUUCUGUGCGUAACGCAACCAAGAAUGAUAAGUGCCGCGCUGUCAUGUCUCGCGAUGGGACACAGCUGUCAAUCUGUCGUAAGCACAUGCUUAUAUCCGUAACCCGA